AUGCCUGCGAUGGGAAUGCCGGCUCCUGGAGCGAGAGCCGUCGGAAGGAAGCUGAGCGGAACCUUGCGGGCAGGCUUGGUCAGCACAGGGCGAUCAGAGAAGCCCAAGCUGAGGGAUACCUCAAGGAUGUUUGACCGCAUCAGGCCUGUUCCGUCUUCCCUGGAGCAUAGCUUUGUUCCAGAAGAGGUUUUCCGAAGCCUGACCCGUGCCAGCAGUUCUCUCUACAGCCCGGCGUACUUACGGUCCCUGCAAACCACCAAACCCCCAAGGGGCUUCAGGGGCUGCCUGCAAACCCCAGAUCGGCUUUGGCAUUACCCUAAUCGUCGGAGCGAGUUCAGACACCUGACAGACCACCCUGUCAGUUUGACAGGCGCUGGAAGGGACGUCUCUUACCUGUGUGACACGGCGACUGGCCGAGGAGCUCAGAAGGCAACGACUGGCAGAAGCUGUCUUACUGGGAGCUGUCGGGACCCGCGAGGCAGCCAUGGUACGCUGCUGCGUGUUCCUCACGCACCCCUAGGAGAAAGUCUGAUUCCCAAGGAAUUUCACAUCGUGAUGAACAGGGGGGUUUUGCCCUUGAAGUACUUCGAUGAUAAAUACACAACGCUGCUUGAAGACGGUGAGAAGAAGCUGCGGCUCUUCCCAGCCACGAAACCCUCCAGGGGGUUGGAGGUCAUCCCGCUGAUGAAGGUGAUGGACAGCAUGUUGGAAAAAGCUGGAGUAGACAAGCAAAUCAGAAUAACAGGACCUUCCCAGCUGCACAACCGGCUGGAGCUGAUGAAGGCGGAGCAGAACAUCUACAACAUCGUUUUCCAUGAGCUGAUUCGGCAGGUCAGCGUGGAAUGCGUAGAGAGAGGACAGCUGCUUUCGAAGCUCAGGCAGAGGUAUGUGCGUCUCCUGGAGCAAAUUCCUGAACAGAUGAAGACCCUCUACGAAAAAAUGAUGUCGUAGCGGUGGGUCAACAGACACACUGAGGAAGAGCUACUCUGUUUUAAAGAAUCUGUUGGACAGCUGGCCAGCGAGCUGCACGAGGUACGGCAGCACGACUGCCGGGUGACCAAAGCAGCAGGAGGAGCUCAAGCGGAGCUGGCUGCAGCCAUGCAGGAGGCAGAAGCGAACAGUAACCUUUUGGAAGAGUAUCGGGAGUUAUGUGAGCCGCAGAGAAAGCGACUGGAAGAGCAGGUUUGGCUGCGAGCCCAAGAGAGGGAUAUUUGGAGCUCGGCUGCCUACGACCUGGCUCUGAAGAUAGCAGGCAGAAACCAGCUCAUGUCGGUUCGCAAGCUCCAUGUUAGUGGCAAGACACUGACCAACGUCCUCAGGCAUUUCCUAGUGCUCUUGGGCUCAAAGGACACGGGAGACCUGGCGGAUCUGGAGGAAGAGACGGAGCAGUUCAGGGAGAGGUUGGGUCACAUUGGAGCAGAAAUAGAGCGUUUUGAGGAGUCCAGCCAGGCGAGACUGCAGAUUGUCUGCAGCAGCCUCCACAAGCGGCUUCAGCACUCCCACUGCAGUGACUCCUCCUCUGCGAUGGAUGAAAAACUGCUGGAUGAAAUCCUGCAAGAUACCAAGAACUUGAUAAAGAUGCUGAAAGAAGACCUGCAGCAGUAUGGAGGGGAGGUGCACCUACGAGGGAUGGAGAGGCUGAGGAGCGCUGCUAGCCUGCAGGAGCACUGGACAGAGCUGGGCCAAACGGUGCUCAGUCGACACCGGGACUUUGCUGGAGCACUGCCUCCACAGCACGCUGCCCUGGAAGAAAUAAACCGAAGGGCACAUAAACUCUACAAGCAAUACAGUAUAAGGAUAACUGGGAAUAAUGGCACAGCAAGGUUUUUGACAGCCUUGGUGAGAAGUAUGGAAGAUUAGGUAUCCAAGGCGCAAAAGCUGAGGAGGGGUUCUGGCGCGUGCAGGAACGGCAAAGCUGAGCUGUGGGCGUUUUAUCACAAGGUUCCCGGGUGGCUGGCCCAGGUGGAUGCAGCCAUGAGCUGUUUCCGACUAUCGGGUGGUCACUUUGUUUCUGGAUUUGGGUUUUUGUUUUUCAUGGUGGUACCUAAAGAAUUUUUUCAGAUGAUUGUGUGAUGGGUUCUGUCUGUGAAUGAUAAGGGUGAGAAGGACAUCGUGCAUCUUAAUGAAAAAGUGACUGAACUGCACAAAAACCUGACUCUGUGGCUGGUGAACUUGCUGAGGUACGUGACAGAAGAGCGCUUGUCCUCUGAGUGUCCCCAGCAGCAAGAGUCAGACGCCGAGGAGGAGCUCAGACUGCUGAGGGCUCGUAAGCUGCAGCACGGGGCUGAAGAGCUGGCUGUGGAGAUGAGCAGACUCUCUGGCUCUAUAGUCAGCUGCUGCUGUGAGAUUGUCAGUGCCAUCGUUCGGAAGAAGCGGUCUGAGAUGGAUGUAGACGUGGAUUUUGAGCUGGAGGAGCUGAAUAAGAUCAAGACGGAGUGCUGUAAUUAGAUUCAAACAUGUAGUCUUCUCCUUUCAGAAAUCCAAGGCACCACGGUCUCCUUUCUGGAUUUAGAAGAAUUGAGAAACCUCUUUGGAUCAGAGGAAUUGCGGCGGAAGCGUAAGCCCGAGGAUACUGUCAUUUCUUCAGCUCAGGAAGAGCUUGAAGCUGAAGGUGCCAACGGCAGUGGGAAACCCGUAACAGAGGAAGAAAUGUUAGAAGUAAAGGAGGAGAUUGCUGUUACGCAGCAGCAGCCAGGCGUGGGUUAUCUGACUGAGGACAGCGAAGCUGCUGCAGACAUGAUCAGAUACAUAGGACAUGAUGCCAACGUCCACCUGAAGUCUCGCAAGUCGGACGGCGUGUCGGUUACAGGGAGGGAGAUGACUGACACCAAGUCCUCAACUCCCUUUUCCCAGAGAGAGUUUGAAGCCCUGGCAACGCUGGAACAUCUGCAAGCACAGCUCCUGGACACCCAAAUCCGUGCUCAGAAUGCAGAGGAGAGAUCGGGAGAUCUUGAAGAGAAGCUGGAAGAAGCUCUGCAGAGAAUCAAAGAGCUAGAAAGUGAGCUGGAGAAGGAGGGGGAAGUCAUCCCAGAAGCGACACAUGAAGAAGGGCAAGAAAAAUGUUUCCAAGAAAGCGUCUCGGAAGUCGGGGCCUGCUCAAGUCACAGAACUUCUAUCUCUGACCAAACGAAAGGAUCCAGAAACAGCAAACAUUAA